GAGAUACAGUCAUACAGAUACAUGUUAAUUACCAUAUUGCCCCGAAUAUCCCGAAUCACUCCCAUAUCUUUGAGAUGAAUAUAUAAUUCUCCCUGCUGCUUCUCUUGUUCUUUGUAUAACAAAUGAAGCACUUUUCCAUUCCCCGCUAAUUUUUCCCGCUUUUAGGGAUUUUCAGUCGUUUGAUUUUGUUUACACCACAUCCUACCAUAUAUAGAACCCACCAUGACUUUUCAUUUUACAACACACCGCACAGUAUUAAUUCUGCCCGCCAUCUGUUUGAUAAAUUGUCUCAAAGAAAGAAAUUGAAGAGGAUAAUGGAAGUGGUUCAUCAUCGUCGGGGAGGCGAUGAUGUUAUAAGCAGCAUGCCAGAGAAUGUGAUCGCUAAUAUUAUGGAUUGUUUGCCACUCAAAGAUGCGGUGGCGACUAGUAUUUUGUCACCAGGUUGGAGGUUUAAAUGGACCCUUGUUACCAAACUCAUACUUGAUGCAGCCGUCAUUGAUAGUUUCCCUGGAGAUUUUAAUAAAAGCGAUAUAAGUAGACUUCUCCUUCAUCUUAAACAAGUUACAAACUUUGUCCUCACUAUAACCAGUGACAUCAAAUUAGAUGAUGCGGAUAUGUAUCAUUGGGUUAUGUUACUGUCCAGAAUACGAGGAUUUAAGGAACUCACUUUGAUAAAUUUUUGUGAAACACCACUUAAGUUGCCUUCCUAUCUUUUCUCUUGUCUAGACUUAAAGCAUUUGGAGCUUUAUCACUGUGUUUUAUCUCCCUCCCCGUAUUUUCGUGGUUUUCCAAAGCUAUUGAUCUUAGGGUUGCAUGAUGUAACCAUUCCAGACCACACAUAUGGGGAAUUUAUUGCCCAGUGUCCCUUACUUGAGACCCUCCAAAUUUGGAAUAACAACCCUGUAGGGGAAGUAAAAUUGGUUGAAAUUGCAAAACUCAAAAAUCUGAAGGUGUUACGCCUGUCAUUGUGUUUGCUUCAAGAUAUGACCAUGGUCAGACUCUCCACUGUCUUCCAGCAUUUGUCUCUUCUCCCAAAACUUCAGGAGCUUUAUCUAAGAUUUGAAAACUGUGAGUUCUUGCCAGAAGACGUUGCUCAAACUGCGGUCUUCUCUGCCUUUCCUUUCCUAAAGUCUCUUAGAUUAUACCAUAUGGAUUUUAGUAGUGUCUCCAUGUUAUCAUGUGCUUUUGGGAUGAUUUUUGGCUGCACAAAUUUGCAGAACCUUGAUAUCAGGGCUAUGUACAAGAAUGAUGUCCCACUACCUACCAUAUUUCCUUCAGAGGUAGACUGCAGCACGAUAGGGAAGCUGCAGCUUCAAAAUGUGAAGUUAGUAGGGAUAAAAGGUUUGGAAAAUGAAGUAUAUUUGAUUAAUUAUAUACUGGCUUGUUCCCCCAUGCUAAAGAGCAUUACGAUUCUACUCGACAAGUCCAUAAGGAACAAUGUCAACGAGAAGCAUAAGCUUGCUAACAAGUUGUUGAAGCUCCGUCGAACGUCUCCAAUAGCUGAAGUAGUCAUCUUCUAGUUUGUAGUGUAUUCAUGAACUAAUGUUACCUUUCCUGUUGCUUUCUAUUAAUUUUGUGACUUCUGCGCAUGACUUGCCUUUUCCAGCGACUUGUCUAUUUUAGCAAAACUACUGUUUUGAGUU